UACAUUCGUUUAUUUGUUUAUUUGUUCUACCUCUAUGAUCGUUUCUGGGAGUAUCCCACGGUUGCGGGUGAUGGCGUUAUAGACGCCCGGCUUUCUAACUGCCAGCUAGCGUGCAUCUACGUAACACCCCCCCCCCCCCACACCCUCCCCACUCCCCCGGAACUGUAAAGCUAAUUGAAGCUAUAGUUGCUAGCUACGCCGCGAGUGACAAUCAAGCAAGUGUCGCUAACGUUACUUGAGUUGAGCCACAUACCAUCACAUCAAAAGAGAGAUCAGUAGAACACCACUUGAUGAACAUACGAGGGCUGGCGUUGCAGCGUGGCCACGGUUGCAGAGCUCCCCUCUAACCUCCGACCCUCCCCCCCCCCCCCCACCGCAUGACCCCAGAGCACAGACCCCCGGGGGGAAGCAGCCCCUCCCUCACCCCGGACCCGGUUGCCGCCACAUUAUUCGACUCGUCUCUGUCAGAAGAAUCGCCAAGAAUCUUUUUCCACGAAGGAGCCAGGACACCUCGGCGUGGACCGGCGGAGGUGUUGAAGAGCCCCGCCCCCCACCUCCAUCCUCUUCCCGUCUCCACCUCCUUUGUCUAAGAAUAAACCCCCCUCUUUUCUCGUGGUCGACGUGAGUCCGGUCCCACGGCCGGUGUGACUUUUCAAACCUGGGGCGCGACUCGUGGGAUGCAACCAUGUCGGAUCUCAGCGAGCGCAGGCCGGUCAACGCGGACUACGCCGUCUCCCUGCUGGAGCAGCUCAAGUUCUUCUACGAGCAGAAGCUACUGACUGACGUGGUGCUGCUGGUGGAGGACAGCGAGUUCCCGUGUCACAAGAUGGUCCUCGCCACGUGCAGCUCCUAUUUCAGGGCGAUGUUCAUGAGCGGCCUCAGCGAGAGCAAGCAGACCCACGUCCACCUGAGGAACGUGGACCCGGCCACCCUGCAGAUCAUCAUCACCUACGCCUACACGGGCCACCUGGCCAUCAACGACAGCACCGUGGAGCCGCUCUACGAGACCGCCUGCUUCCUGCAGGUGGAGGACGUCCUGCUGCAGUGCAGAGACUACCUGGUGAAGAAGAUCAACGCCGAGAACUGCGUCCGCAUGCUGAGCAUCGGCGACCUGUUCAGCUGCAGCGAGCUGAAGCAGAGCUCCAAGCGCAUGGUGGAGCACAAGUUCCCCAUGGUGUACCGGCAGGAGGCCUUCCUCCAGCUGUCCCACGAGCUGCUGGUGGACGUGCUGAGCAGCGACAACCUCAACGUGGAGAAGGAGGAGACGGUGCGCGAGGCGGCGAUGCUGUGGCUGGAGUACAACAUGGAGGCGCGCUCGCAGCACCUGUCCUCCGUGCUCAGCCAGAUCCGCAUCGACGCGCUGUCCGAGGUGACGCAGCGCGCCUGGUUCCAGGGCCUGCCGCCCAACGACAAGUCGGUGGUGGUGCAGGGCCUCUACAAGUCCAUGCCCAAGUUCUUCAAGCCCCGGCUGGGCAUGACCAAGGAGGAGAUGCUCAUCUUCAUGGAGGCCAUGUCGGAGACGCAGGGCGACGGCUACGUGAUGUCCGGCUCGCUGCCCACCACGGUGGUGUGCUACAGCCCGCAGGCGGAGAAGGUGUACAAGCUCAACAACCCCCCGGGCGACCUGCAGAAGGUGGGCACGCUGGUCACGCCGGACAACGACGUGUUCAUCGCCGGCGGGCAGAUCCCCCUCAAGAACUCCAUCACCAACCACGGCAAGAGCGGGAAGCUGCAGGCGGUGUUCCGCUCGGUGGACAGCUUCUUCUGGUUCGACGCCCAGCAGAACGCCUGGGUGCCCAAGACCCCCAUGCUGUGCGCCCGCAUCAAGCCCUCGCUGGUCCACUGCGAGGGCUACAUCUACGCCAUCGGCGGGGACAACGUGGGCGGCGAGCUCAACAAGCGCACGGUGGAGCGCUACGACUGCGAGAAGGACGAGUGGAGCAUGAUGAGCCCGCUGCCCUUCGCCUGGAACUGGAGCACCUCCGUGGUGGCGCACGACUGCAUCUACGUGAUGACCCACGACCUCAUGUACUGCUACUUCCCCCGCGCCGACACCUGGGUGGAGAUGGCCAUGCGCAAGACCAGCCGCUGCUUCGCCUCCGCCGCCGCCUUCGGCGACCUCGUCUUCUACAUCGGCGGGCUGCACGUGGUCAGCAACUCCGGCGUCCGCCUGCCCACCAGCACCAUCGACGGCUCCUCCGUCACCGUGGAGAUCUACGACGUCAACAAGAACGAGUGGCGCCAGGCCGCCAACAUCCCCGCCAAGCGCUACUCGGACCCGUGCGUGCGCGCCGUGGUGCUGCUCAACUCGCUGUGCAUCUUCAUGCGCGAGACCCACAUGAACGAGCGCGCCAAGUACGCCAUCUACCAGUACGACGUGGAGCUGGACCGCUGGUACCUGCGGCAGCCCGUGUCGGAGCGCGUGCUGUGGGACCUGGGGAAGGACUUCCGCUGCGCCGUGGGGAAGCUGUACCCCUCCUGCCUGGAGGAGUCCCCCUGGAAGCCCCCCACCUACCUCUUCUCCCCCGACGUAGCCGAGGAGUUUGAGGUGGACGGGGAGCUGGUGACCCUCCCCCAUGUAUAGCUCCUGCCCCCCCCCCCCCCCCCCCCCUCCCACUCCGGUAUCUUUAACGCUGGGGGAGGAUCUGAAGUACGAGAGGGUUUUGACGUUUUGUGUUGUGGAGCGAUCUUUGGACCCCCCCCCCCCUCUCCUUUGACCACAUCCCCCCCCCCAAAAAGCCUGGAGCAACAAAAAAAAAAUCCCCCUUUAACUGACUUUAACUUUGCUCCUUUGUGGCAGGAAGGCAGUUUACGCUCCUGUUGCUGAACCUCUUGUGGCUGUUUUUUGAUAUUGAGCAUGAGAGUUUAUAUUAACCACAAAAAGUUGUAAUUUGAACACAAGGGGGGGAGGGGGGGGGGGAAGAAUCUAAUAUUAAAAUAAUGGCUCACGGAAUCCAGUGGUAGUUUCAGGAUGUGGUUCAGUUAUCAUGUGACAAACUCCAUCUGCUAAUUUUCCAGUAAGUGGACUUUGGUGCUAAGAAUUAUGAUCAAACUACUGAUUAAUCAUCAAUAACGAGUCUUUAACCCUAAAUGUGGUCACAUGGUAGUAAUCAAACUUAAGAACGCCACGCAAACCUACAAAGAACAACAACAACUCCGCUGGUUGGACCGUGCGUCCAGGUGUCUUUUCAGCUGCUACUAAAGACUAAAAUGCAUCGAUGAUCACUUCUUUUUUUGAUUAAUCUUACCCCAAAAAACGUAAUUCUCCCAACUGGUCCGACCAGCGCCAUCAAGCCACGGCUUCUUUUCAUAGAUCUGCUUGAGCUACAAUUUAAAUGUCGAUUUGGGUGAAGGAAAGAGAAACCUCCUCAGAUUACUUUUUUUUUUUUUUGUGAAUUGAAAGUUUUUGAGGGUUAAUCUGACUUUUUUAUCCAGCAAAGAAUGCAUCAGUAAGGAAAGUAAUGAUCGCUGCAGCUAUGUGACAUUUUAGCUUUUUUUUCGUCCUCCACGAAUGAGAGAAAAGUUCCACCAGCAGGAUUUCUUCAGAAAAAGUCCCAGCAGACGAGGGGGGAGGGGGGGGGGGGGUUAAAGAGGGUGACUGCAGGUCCGGUCACCUUCCACCUUCCUCUUGACUCCUGCACAGCAGAUCACACCUCACUCAAAUCCAUCCUCACCUGAUCAUGGGUUCUUUUACUCCACAACGACGACUCAACUCUGUUUCUGGGCUCAUGCCUUGUUUUUAUGUUAUUAUGUUAUUUCCAAGCUGCUGAAAUAUAUAUUUUUCAUAUGUUUCAAAAAAAGACAACUGUUGUAGUGUGGGGGAUAAUAACCAGGUCUAUUUUGUAUUGUUUUUUUAUUAUUUAAUAUCAAACAUUACUGUAGUGUGAUUGUGGGUAGAUAUCCAUUUUCCUAUCAGAUUUAAUUUGAGUGAAUAUUGAGGAUUCUUGCUGCUGAUUGGUUGUGAGAGGAGAGGGCGGGCCCACGGCUGUUGCUAUGUCCUUGCAACCACUAGCAGUAGUGGAGGGGGGAGGGGGGGGGGUCCUCCUCCUACCUGUAAACACAUGAGCACAGGUGCUUCAUGACGAACCUUACUAGCAUGUUUGGCUGCAUCAUAUUCCUUUGGCACUGUAUUUUGAAUGAACGUUAAUUUAUUAAAAAACAUACCAAAAACGUUCCUGAAACCGACUCCAGGUUUCUUGUGUUUGGAGGAACGAACGUGGUGGUGUGAAAUAAUGAAAUGUUCAUUAAAGCUGGUAUAACACUUUGAUUUGCGACCCCUUUAAUCUUCAAUUAGUUAAAUUGCUGCUUGGUGUCUGUUGGGACUCCACAUUUUACCCUAAGUUUGUUUUAAAGGUAUUAACUAGUUCACUUAAUUACCAGAAUAAACUUCACACAUCAAUGGAGCCUUG